AUGACGCGAAGUUUGAUAAGUUUUGCUUGCGAGCGUUGUGGUGUUGAGGUAGAGAAGUCGAAGCGGACGAAAAUCAAGUUGUGUGCGUUUUGCGGUGCACUGGCUAGGAAGGAGCGGAUCUUGGACCGCUGUCCGAGUUGUGGUCAGGAAGUGUGGCGUGACCGUAAGCGGAGCCGGUCUUGUAAUGGUUGUAUCCGGCGCAGACGGUUGUCGGUUACGACUACGGCUUCGUCCGAUUUGGGAGAUACACCCACAAAGGAAAAGCAGAUGGAAAAACUGCCCAGCCUCCACCUCGAAGAAGAACCCUGCUUCGCCUUAGCCUCCUCGGGUCUACCGACUCUCUCCGACCGCGGUCUCUCCGACCGCGGUCUCUCCGACCUGAACACGCCCUUAGACCAUUUUGAACCGGACCAACCACAACCACAGGCACCACCCGGCCGUCUGGUCGAACAACUCUCAGCCGACCAACUCUCUGCCGAAGCGGCAGCACUCGAAAUGCUCCCAGUCUUCGAACUGCCGCCUGGAUUCGAACCACCACCCGAACGAAUCACUGAAUACUGGCCCGUCGCAGAAUCCUUCGACGCUACCACUUUUUAA